AGAUUACGGGCCCGAGCCAUCGUCAUCGAGACAUCGACCGACUCCGACUCCGACUCCAUCCACGGUCUCCUUCCGAGAUCCCUCUUCUCCUCCCGCCCCCGCCUGACCGCCUCCCUCCUCACUCCGGCCCCUUCCGCAUGUCAAUCCAUGGGCUGAUACUCGAAGUCAGAGUCACCGGGUGCCGGAAGCUGCGGGACACGGAGUUCUUCACCCGCCAGGACCCCUACGUCGUCGUCGAGUACGCCACCACCAAGCUCCGCACUCGCACCUGCACCGAUGGAGGAAGAAACCCAACUUUCGAUGAGAAGUUCCAUAUACCCCUCAUUGAAGGGCUCCGCGAGUUGAAUGUUAUUGUGUGGAAUAGUAAUACGUUAACUCAUGAUGACUUCAUUGGAAGCGGAAGAGUAUAUCUGCACAAGGUGCUGACAAAUGGCUAUGAUGACUCCUCAUGGCCGCUUCAAACACGCCACAUGAGAUCUGCUGGGGAAGUGAAGCUCAUUAUGCAUGUUGAUGUCUCAGCAAUGAAGAACAAGAUGGGUAGAAGUGUCGCCGCAUCAAGUGCACAUCCUGUUCCUGCACUUUCAAUGCCAGCCCCAUCUCCAACCCCAGCCCCAGCCCCAUCUCCAGCUUCGGCCGCAACCCCUGCUCCAGCACCAGCACUAGCAUCAGCGAUUCCAUACACGGGAGUCUCACCUUCAUAUCCACCGGUUUCAGCAUAUCCUGGUGCAACCGCAUACCCUGCUUACCCAACUUCUAGCCAUGCACCAUAUACCACUGCUGAAUAUCCACCACCUCCGCAGCAACCAUACCAACCCCCACCUGCUGGAUACCCUCCAUCCUAUCCACCACAACCAUAUGAGCAAUCUUACCCACCGCAACCAUAUGAGGGAUCUUACCCACCACAACCAUAUGAGCGAUCUUACCCACCGCAACCAUAUGGGCAACAACCAUACCCACCCCCGCCAGCAGCAGAGUCGCCGUACCCACCAGCGCCUUACCCUGGUACUUAUCCACCAAGACCCUAUUGAUAUAGCAGCGUCAGUAAUGAUCUCAGGUAGAGGCAUCAAAAGCAACAAACAACAGCCUUGAUGCUAUGUGAUACGCGCCUCAGCGUGGAUUCUUUAUUUCUAAUUAUUUGGUUAUGUUCCUAACAAAAAAUAGUACCAACCGUCACUGAGUUGUUGCACAUCUAUCACAAAUCAGUUUAAGGUCAGAUUCCAAUCGAUUGGUGACAAAUUGGAGCUGAUGGGGUUUCGUUAAGUGCAACGGAUGGAAAUGUAUUCCUUGAUCAGAUCGUGUCAACAGCUCAGUGACCAGUCAUAUGUACAAUAGGUAGCUUGCAGAUUGUGUCAGUGAAAUCCAUCCUAUAUUGCUUUGCAGUGGUGGUUUAGAGACCAG